AUGAGUGGGAAGAACUGGUGGAACAGCGCGAUAUCCGGCCUCGAGUCGCGACUCGACACCAUCCUGGCUGAAGAUGGACAAACGAGCGCAAAGCCGGCGGAUGCUGCCACGAAGCAAGACAGCGGUGAAAAGGCGACGGUAGACAAGAAACUCGCAGUCGAGCAGGCCGGGCUGUCACGCAACUCGUCUCGGAGCAGACCAAACUCCAGGCUACAAGACCGUCUGGCGAAGGCUGUGACGAAAGGCACAGAGAGGGCCGACUCGAGACCAUCUUCAGACCUGGGGUCCCGGCCAGAGAGCCCAGCUCUGCGGAGCCCAGGCAUCGCUGCUGUCGCUGACCUGGUUGGGAGAACAAGCAUAGAUUCGAGGGUCUCAGAGCCCGUGGACGCGCUGGCAGCAGCUACCGAGGAAGAGCCAGCGAAAGAAAUGGAGGCGAAUGAAGACGGACCUACAAGGCCAUCCGCCGAGGAGCCAGCGCCUGUUGUGUCUCCUCCUGUCGCAUCACCGCCGACGACACCUCUCGUAUCAGAGCAGCCACCGGCCACGCGCUUGCCUACCAUGUCCAUACCGUUCAUCGGUACGCCAAAAACGUCCUCCCCGCGCCAAUCAAUUGACAGCAACCCCUCACGACCAUACAGCGACGUGCCAACGCCUGUAGAGCCCGAGUUCCCUUCCACACAAGACCCCGAUGUUCUUGCAUCCGAGCUGUCGAGUCUACAAAGAGCGCACGAGGAAACGGUCCGUGGGCAUCGAGAUGAGCUCAACUCACAUCUUGAGCGCAUCGAUGCUUUGCAGUCCAAGCUCACCUACUUCUCCCAACAGCUGGCUGCUUCCGCAAAAGCCGCUUCGGUCGAGGUAAAUGCGACACCACUGGAGAAGAAAUUAGCAGAGAGGGAUGCUCAAAUAGCCGCGCUUAUGGACGAAGGGCAAAAACUUUCCAAGACUGAGAUGAAGCACAUGACGACUCUGAAGAAAAUGCGCGCAAAGGGGCAAGAGCAGGACAAGGAGAUUAACACACUGAGACAGCGGCUCGCCAAAGCCGAGAAAAGCAUUACAGAACAGUCUGAGAGGGCGAGACGUGCAGAGGCUGCCGAGAAGGCUGCACUAGAGAGACUGAAGGUUGUGGACAAGAUCGAGAAAGAUAUCAAUACGAUCAGAGCAGAGCGAGAAGAAGCUGGUCUGACCAUCACGGAACUUCGAAAACAGUUGAACGAAGCGCUAUCACGAGCUGAGGAUGCAGAAAAAAGAGUCAAGGCUGGAGCUCUGGAAGCAGAGAAAAGGGUUACAGCAUCGCUGCAGGAGGAUCUUGAUAACCUGCGCAUCGAGAAGAAGCUCGCUGAGGACCGCGCAAAGAAGGAGUUCCAGGCUGUGAAAGAGCAAUCGACGAGCCAGCAAGAAAAGGCCAAUGUUGUUGAGCUCGAACUGCGUGGUGAGAUCGCCAACCUCGAAUCCAAACUUGAGCUUUUGCGCAGCCGCUCUGAGGAAGCCACAUCGUCCGCAACAGGCGAUUCACAGGCCAAGCUGUUACGCCAAAUCGAGACACUGCAGACGCAGUACUCACUCGCAUCAGAUAAUUGGCAAGGCAUUGAGACCACUCUGACCUCUCGAGUUACAGCACUUGAGAAGGACCGCGACGAGACUGCGAAGCGUGAGUCCGAUAUCAGACGGAAAGCGAGAGACGUCAACUCGAAGGCGCGCCGCCUUGAGGAUGAGCUGGACAGCAUCAACGAGCGAGCAAGGGCACUCGAGCAAGACCUAGCAGAGCAACGAUCAACUGCCCAGAGAUUGCAGAGUAGGCUCACGGCGGCGGAAACAGCAGCACAAGAUGCCAAAGCAGAUCUUGAGCGAGAAAAGAAAGUAUGGGAAGCCGAGUUGCAGCAACGUCUCGAGGAAGAGAGGAACCGAUGGCAGCUAGAAACGCAACAGCACAAUCCUCUGUCCGCCUCGACCCACCUCCGGACUGAGUCGCCCUCAAUAUCGAAUCGUCAACGCUCCCCUGACCCGCUGGGCAUCUACAACAGGAGAACGCCGCGUUCUACGAUUUCCGGCAUGGACACGACGCUCUCGCCCAUCGACCGCAUGCUGGAAGAGGCCCGGCGACCCUCCAACAACCGGCAGAAAUCAUCACCCAGUGUCCGCACCCCUGAGAUGGGCACGCCACAACGCCAGAACUCUAUUCCGUCAGGUCUAUCGAACUUCAACGGCGGCACGAACGCGCCGAACGCGCCGUACACGCCUUACACGCCCUCCAUCCACACUGUCGACUACGACGAACCUUUCGAGAGUGUCUCCUCCCCUCACCGUACCAUCAAUGACAUGGUGUCCGUCUCCACUGUCGGCGCCGGUCCCUCAGUUCAACUCGUCGAGCGCAUGAGCGCCGCCGUGCGCCGUCUCGAGUCAGAAAAAGCGACGCACAAAGAAGAGAUGGCGCGUCUAAGCGCCCAGCGCGACGAGGCUCGCGAGGAGGUUGUUGCCUUGAUGCGCGAAGUGGAGGAGAAGAGGGGGCAGGAGAAGAGGGUGGAUAGGCUCGAGAAGGAGCUGGAGGAGGUCAAGGAGCGGUACGAGACGACGCUGGAGAUGCUGGGCGAGAAGACGGAAAGGGUGGAGGAGUUGGAGGGAGACGUGCAGGAGGUGAAGAAGAUGUACAAGGAGCUUGUUAGUACGAUGGGGAGGUGA